CGGAACCCACGGGUUUUCUAUCCGUUACACUGCUUUCAACCCGUGGGGGCAAUGCUCCAAAGACGCUCGUAUCUAAAAAUUAUUCAUGAGAAAAUAAACGAAAUUCAUUGGUCCCGGUGAGCUCUGCUCGGAGUGACUAGCCAAUCAGAAAACUCGUAAGAUACGGCAUUUGCAUCGACUGUAAACAUGGCUGCUGCACAGAGCAUUUUUAACUUCGAAGAACUGAAAGACUUUCAGAAGGCCGCGAUAGAGCAUCUUAUAAAAGGAAAUGACGUUUUCCUGAGUGUACGAACUGGCGCAGGAAAAUCCCUCUGUUAUCAGACAUUUAAUCCAAUGUUUAAGAAGGAAAACCAACAUUGUUUGUGCACCGUCCUCGUAGUAUGUCCGUUAAUCAGCAUAAUGAAAGAGCAGACAGAUUAUUUAAGCGAGCUUGGAUUUUCGGCUACUUAUAUUGGCAAAGACGGAAAAGAAAGUGAUUCUAUAAAAAGGGGAGAGUACGACUUUCUAUUUUCAUCACCAGAGGCUGUUGUUGGGAAUCCCGAAUGGAGAGCGAUGCUUCUUGGUCCUGCAGGAGAGCGUGUAAGGCUACUAGUCAUUGACGAGGCACACACAGUUCUCCACUGGGGAGACAGUGAUGAUUAUGAUGAGCCAUUCAGACAGUGGUAUGGAAAGCUGGGCGAGCUACGUUCAAUUCUUCUUUUGACGGCUACUGCCAACAGUUCCGCACGAAAGAAACUGCAACAGAAAUUCUGCAUGAAGAAUUGCCAUGAAAUUAUAGACAAUCCAGAGCGCGAAAACAUCAAACUUUUUCUUAAAAAGAUUAAGAGUACUACUCCACAGGAUGAAAUUUUUUUUUUCUUAUUAAGUUACUUAAAGAUAAGAAAGAAUUGUGUCCAAGGUUUAUUAUAUUUUGUACUUCUAUUAAUGCUUGUGGACAGUUAGUUACUACAUUAAGACUUAAUUUAAAGGAAGAAAUAAGACAUGUUCAAAUGCAUCAUUCUAAAACCCCAGAAUUAAUUAAAGAGGAUAUCAAACUAGAUUUAGAUGAUCCAAAUGGUGAUAUUAGAGUUUUAGUA